AUGGCAGUGAAUCAACAGCCCACCCCUCUUCGCCCAUCCAUCCGCUUCUCCCCCGCUCAUUCUAGAGACAACUCGCGAUCGACCUCCCCGGAACGGAUUCCUGGGUCGUUAUAUCCUAAAAUUGACCCUUUACUCAGCAACCUCUCUCCCGAAUCGACCCUACAUGCCCUUACUUCCACCGAAGCCGUACCGGCCAACGGAAAUUUCUCACACCUCCUAUCUCAAAGUAUCUCGCAAGUCUCGCCUGCCGAACGCGCCCUAGGUAUCCGUGCUGCCAUAGCGGCCCGGAACCUUAAUCUUUGGCAUAAGGAGGUGCAGGCGUGGCCAUGGCCGAAAGUCAAUGAGGCGGCGUCAGGAAAGGGCUUCAUCCCUCCAGUGACCGAUAGUGGUGUUACAUAUUAUGGCAGCUUGCCGGCCGAAGUGGUGGAGGAAUACGAGAAAAGAAUCGAAGAGAUCCGCGAUGGAAUGGAGAGCUUGGAUGUGGACGAAUUAAAGGAACACGUUCUCAAUGCCCACAUUCCAUCCCGCUCUCGCCCUUCCUCCUCGACCAGCACCGUAUCUGUGCCCCCUCCGCUCAGCUAUGUACAGCUCAGUGAUUUUACGGCCAUCGUGACUGCCACAAUCCUACGCGCCCUGCCCUAUUUGGCGCGAUUGAAUCACUUACUGACCAUCUGGGAAGUCCGCCUUUUGGUUCUGCGCCACAUUCCAGGUCUGCUGAGAGAUCUACGGUCAACUAGAUCCGCUUUAGUUACUUCCAGCAGCUCGAUUCAGUCAUCCAACACUUCCGAGGACGUUGAGGUCCGAUUUUCAAGCUCCUAUCUACGCGAUCAACAUGUCCAACUCGAGUCGGCGGUCAUUUCUGUGGGGAAACGGGUGGAUCGAGCUCUCGAUGCCUUGGAAGGUCGAAACGAUUCAUUGCCUGAACAAUGGAUUGAUGAUCUAGAAAGCAUUGAGUCAGAUUUCGCUGCAUGGGUGGUUGAAACGGAGCGAUACAAGCUCCGCACCGAAUGGCUUCGCGCGAAGGACCAGUCCAAGGUGACCGAAUUAUGCAAGGAAUUUAAGCCUUCGCCUGAACAGGUCUCUGAGAAGGAACGUGAGGUCGAGCCAGCCAUCGCUUCAAUGGAGCCUAUGAAGGAAGAAACUAGACCCGAAUCCCAAACUGCACACCCAACAACCUGUCUUGUUCAAGAGGAGCCUGCCCAAGAUUCCAUGCCAUGUAUAGACAACAGUCUAACGAUUAUGACCACUGGCCCCGAGGCUUCAUGCAGCCGUGUGCUCGAGCCAUGUACCCAUGAAGAGACCAACGAGAAGCCUGAAAGCCGACCAAAUAUUCUCGUUGCAGAAGACCUUGAAACCCCAACGCAGUUAACAUUUCUCCGAGGUCUGUCACUUGGAACCCCAGAGGCUCAGUCGCCUUCACGAAUUCCAUUGCCGGUGUCGCCUGAUGUGGAGAAUAAAGAAAAUAUUCCACCUCAAGGUUUCGUGCCUCAGCGUUCAUCUUCAGUCCGAGAAUCCGGAGCUAAGCCAGCUGUUCUUGGCGAACAUAAAGAAGAAGAUUUAUUCGCCCAGAAGCCCAUAUCUCAUGUGCCCGAGAGCGAGCAGCAGCUCAACGCUGCUGAGUGUUCUCCUGUAACCCCAAGACAAGAAGCUUCUCUAGGAGGUGAGGGCUUCCGAAAUGAGCCCACGCCGGAUUUCAAGCAACAAACCAAUGAACACCCGACAUCAUCCGGCAAGGUUGUGUCUAAUGAUGUGAAUAUUGUGACAAAGGCCUUGCCUGUAAAAAACACGACGCAAUCCGCAAUGGCUGAGGAAGAAACGCCAAUCUUGGAAACCCCAGCGGCCGCGACCGAACCUCCGAGAGAUGCGCAGGCCGCCGGCAGCUUUCCGCUCAAGGGAUCAUCAACUAAUUCCACACACCAGUACCCUGGAAAUAAAAAGUCAAAAAUUCCCAAGCCACAGCCUGCUCGAGCGACAUCACCACCGGCACCAAUCACAGAGCGCGUCCCAGAGAAAAAGGCGCCUUCCAAGAAGAAGCCACUACAGAGCCCCAUUAAGCUGUCAAAGGCCCGUCAAGGGGAUCCCAACCUCGACAAGGGCUCCCCAAAGCCUCGCUCUCGUCGGCCAUCGACGGGAUCUGUGGGUUCUUUCCUGUCAGACAGCUCUCUUGCCAGUCCUCGUCCAACCGAGCCGCACACCGGGUCAUCCAAUGGAGAGCUUCACCGAGAGUUUACAAAAUCCGUUUCACCUCAUGGUGACUAUAUGCUUCGGGCAGACCGUCUCCGCCGACUAGAAAAUUUGAAGAUGUCUGCCAAUACUGCCUUCCAACCAAGUCGCUCUGUGAGCCUGCCUCUCCAGCGGUUUAUCAACGAGAAGCUGGACUUGGAUUUGAGUACUGAAUCGGUGCCUGAGGUUCCCGAACGCUUCAAGGCAAAAGGUUCAGCCGUUUCUACUAUUCAUGAUGUUUCUUCUACGCCUACUCAGACUCCACGUGUGCUUAGGCGGCGUCCUACUCUCGUCCGUGGAAAGUCAGCAUCGGACUUGAAGGACAGUGACGCUUCAUCAAAUCAUCCAGACCGCAAUCUGCCUGCCUUCGGUGGAAACACUGCCCGGAGGGCUUUGCAGCACCAAGACCAACCCAAAUCGGCGCGUCUGCGCCAGCGGUUGACUGCCCACCCUAGCUUGGAGAGCCUCGGGGUAAAGAAGCAGGAACUUUCGUACGUUGAAGAGGACGAGUCAGAACUCAUGGAUAAUGGUUCUCGUCCAUCCUCUCCCAACAAGCUGUCUCAGAAGCCCAGAGACCAGCUUGAUGAAAAGAUUAAUUCCAUUCUCAGUACACUCCCUGGGCGUAUCCAUCUCGUUGACCCCAGCAAUGAGGGGGAUACUUCAUCAUCUUCCUCAUCCCUGGAUCGAAAGAUGCGAGAAAGAUACCUCUCCGAGUCACCACACGGUCCAACUUCUCGGAGCUUCACUCCUGCUCCUUCUCUGGCGCUUAUGCCUGCUGCCCGAAGGCGCUUGUCACAUGCGCAUAAGACUGAAGACAGCUAUGUCAAGCUUUACCAUUUGCACCAUGGCGGCCAAACCGCACCUACCAAGCUGUUCGUUCGUACCGUCGGCGAAGAUGGCCAACGAGUGAUGGUCCGAGUUGGUGGUGGCUGGGCAGAUCUUGGCGAAUAUCUCCGCGAAUACGUUGUCCACCAUGGCCGUCGUAAGGUCUCCGAAACUCCGCGAGUAGAAGUGCAAGGCCUGGCAACUCGCUCAUCUCCUGGCUACUCCUCCCCUGCCAAUCUUCUUCAUCCUACUGUCCCCUCCUACAACUCUGGUCGUGCCACUCCAUCUCGACCCGCCUCCGUUCUCAGUGCCCGUCCACCAUCCUCUCUUACCGUCCGCAAAUCGCGACGCGACUCUACUGCAUCAGAGGCUGUUGCUCUUAGGUCCGUUACGACUGGAAACCUUAGCUCCUUCACCUCUCCCCCUUCCGCAGGAGCUCCAGGCCGUCGUCUUUCAAUGUCUUCCAGCUACUCGUUCGGAGAUUUUCAUUCCCCUGCUCAAAUCCCCUUGCCAUCCCAUGACAACUCCACACCUCUCGGUCUUGCUGGUCCUAAGCCUCGUUCCCGUCAAAUCUCAAUGAGUCCUGAGGGCGAAGCCUGGGUAGAAAAUGUCCUCCAAAAAACCCGCCGAUCAAACUCUUUCAACCCUCUUCCCUUUGAUUCAAACCACUCCCCUGAAAACGACGAAGUCGACAACUAUGAUCUUCCUCACCAUGACCACACUGGUCGUUCUUUGCCCAAAGUACGAAGCAUCGGCGAUAUCAGUAUAAAUGGCACGGGCAGACGAGUCGUGCUACAGGGCCUGGGCAAUCACAGAUAA